UUCGCACGCCGUCCCAACGGCAUGCAAGACGGCGAGGGGAGAAAGAUCCGGCUCGGUGUGCUGAGCAAAGGGUGCAUGGUCGAGGAUACUCUCGGCCUCCUCAAGGAUUGCGGAUUGCCAGUCACGCGGGAUAAUGAUCGACAGUAUUCUGCAGAAAUUCCACAGCUCCCUAAUGUGGAAGUCUGUUUCCAUCGACCAAAGGAGAUUGUCACACUACUGGUUUCUGGACAUCUAGAUGUUGGAAUAGUGAGUUCCUAUGCAGUUAGUGAAUAUGGACCGGGUGACGAUGAUCUUAUUACUGUUCACAAUGCUCUUGGUUAUGGGCAUUGCCACUUGUCUCUCGCAAUUCCCAAAAACGGGAUCUUUGAGAGGAUCAAUUCGGUGAAGGAGCUAGCACAAAUGCCCCAUUGGACUGAAGAGAAUCCACUCCGUGUUGUUACUGGUUUACCCAAUCUGGGGCGUAAGUUCAUGAAAGAAAAUGGACUGAAGCAUGUGAGCAUUUUAACUGCUGACGGAGCAUUGGAGGGAUUUCCCCAGAGAGGCGGGGCUGAUGUUAUUUUGGAUAUUGUAUGUAGUGGGACAACAUUAAGGGCAAAUAAUUUCAAAGAAAUUGAAGGUGGCACAGUGUUGGUAAGCCAGGUUGUUCUUGUGGCAAGAAGGAAGUCACUAAUGCAACGGGAAGAUGUUCGUGAUACAACUCAACAGAUUUUUGAAAGAGUGGAGGCACAUCUCAAGGCAGUUUGCCAGUUCACGGUAACAGCGAACGGGAGGAGUGCAAAGGAAGUCGCUAAGCAAGUAUGCAAUCAACCAUCGCUCUCUGGUUUGCAGUUUCCAAUUCCAAACCCCUACCUAGUCCUUUGCAAAAGAAAUGGAGAAGUGGUUGGGGACCACAAUGCAAUGGUUGGUUGCAUUCCAAAAACGAAGUUCUAUAGCUCUGUGCAGCAGUUGAAAGCAGAUCGGGGUAGUCGAGUUCUAGUAUCUCCAUCGACUUACAUUUUCAAUGAAGAGGCUCUCGGAUGGCAGCAGCUUCUGUCCAAAUUUGGGCUUUAGUUCUCGGAAGCCCAGUGCUCCAGCUUUUGGAGAAGAUAAAGGAAAGGGUAAAAUUCAUCAGGAAUAUUGUAUCUUAGUUAUGUUGUUUGCUGCAUCUGUUCUUUUAGA